CGUCAAUGAGGUUAGUUUAUGGUCGCGAUGAGAUUUUAGAGAGAGAGAGAGAGAGAGAGAGAGAGAGAGAGAAAACAUGGCGUGGUUAGCCAGAUCCAUUGCGAAUUCUCUGAAGAUCGACGAAGAAGACGAUGACGAGAAAGAAACGAUUGAACAUCCCGGUUCCGAUCAGCCGUCUUCACCGUCGGCGUUGAAAUCGCAGUCACCACGAGGCGUGAAGGAAGACAUCUCCGAACUCACAAAGACCUUUAGAAGUCAGCUAUGGGGUGUGGCCUCGUUCCUGGCACCACCGCCUUCUUCCUCCGAUCCGGCGGAUGAGGAGACACGGAAGUCGUCGGAUCUGGCGGAGGGGGAGGAGGAUCUGAUUGCUGGGAUCAGGAGCGAUUUCGUGGAGAUCGGAGGUAGGUUCAAGACCGGGAUCUCGAAGCUAUCGGGGAACUUGCCUGUAUCGGAGAUUACGAAGAUGGCUUCGAGUUUCUGGCAAGGAGGAGGUGGGGACUCGAAAGAGCGUGAUGGUGUUGGAGAUGUGAUCGGCGUGACGGAGGAAGUAGUUGGGUUCGCUAAGGAUCUUGCUCUGCAUCCUGACACGUGGCUUGAUUUCCCCUUCCCUGAAGAGGAUCAUAACUUCGAUGACUUUGAGAUGACUGAUGCUCAGUAUGAGCACGCGCUGGCCGUGGAAAGGGUUGCAACAGGUCUAGCUGCUUUGAGGAUCGAGCUUUGCCCAGCGUACAUGAGCGAGUACUGCUUCUGGAGGAUUUACUUUGUACUUAUGCAUCCUAAGUUCAGCAAGCAUGAUGCCUUGCUUCUCUCUACUCCUCAGGUGCUUGAAUCAAGAGCAUUGUUAUCUCAUGAGCUGCUGCAUAAGAGAAACAAAGCUGCACUAGUGCUGCCAGAGACUAGUGGUGAUACUGGAACUGCUGCUAAUGCCAAUGAGGAACCACUUACUGUGUCUUCACCAGAACCAGUCAAAACCAUCUCCGUGGAAACAAUACAUUUGAGUGAUACAUCUGAGGUUGAGACGGAGAAGCACCCAAUUGAGAGCAAGGAGAUACAAGUUGUUGACAAGCCUGUGAUUGAAGAAAAACCAGCACCAGCGCCCCAUGACAAGCCAGUCACUGGAUCUUCACCUAGAGUUAUUGACGUUCAAGUCGAUGAUGAUGAUGAUGAUGAUGUUGAUGAUUGGUUGAAGGAUGAAGAUAAUGCAGGAACUGUUAGCUCCACCGUAGCAACCAAACAUGUUGUGGAUGAGGAUGAAGAUGUAACGUUUAGUGAUCUUGAAGAAGAUGACGACGAUGUGCCAGUGAAUUACAAGAAAUGAUUCUUGAAUCCUCAGCCCUACCAAGUUAAGUUUUAUUUAAACGCUGUCUGUUGAAGAAGAUUGUGCCACGGCCGGGCUCAGGUAAGCCGGAAGAAAGAAAAGAAUGAAACGAUGCGCACUAGUGUUGAUGACAAAACUUUGAUGCAGUAUUGUGUGAUCUGUGACCCUUACUAUCCGUUUAAUUGCAAUUAUGUUUGUGUACGCUCUCUUUCGAGAAACUGCCGGGCUUGUAAAUAAACCAGCACCAUGUCAUGAUAAUUAAUUAUGCAAAAAUAUACGAAAUUUAUGUAAGCCAUUUA